AUGUCUAAUAAUAAUUUAGAUGAUAAACCUAAAUCUGAAAAGUCUAAUUAGACUAAGUCCCUUAAAUCUCAAUAAUAGUCUUAAUAAAUUUCUUAGCCAUCGAUAUCAUUGAUGGAAAGAAAUUUAUAAAAAAUGAGAACAUUAACAUAGAAAUUAAUUGCUCCUAAUGUUUUAGAAGGCCAUUCAGAAAACAUCAUUGAUUAAUUGAAAUAAUUGAUCCUACCAUAACCUUCAGAAGAUUUAAUACAUAUUGCUGAAACUUUGGAAGAAGCCCACAAUAUGCAAUUUAUUUCUUAACCAAUUUAAAUAAUCUAAGGAUAACUAUAAGAUAGAGAAUUUUUAAAUGCUAUGGCUCUUAUAAUUAGUCAUCAAUAACUAUUUAAUACACUUUAUAUUAUAGAUGAAGAACAGGAUAGAUACAUUUUCAAAUUGUAUAAAAAGAAUCAAAGAUAUUCUGUUAUUAUAGACCCUUAUGUAUAUUUUUCUGGUCAUCUGCCAAAAUACUCUCGUUCUGGUUAUAAUUCAAUAUGGGUAAGUCUUUUAGAAAAAGCAAUGUCUAUUAUUUUGGGAGGUUAUGAUUAAAUAGUUGGGAUUUCAUUAAGAGAUUCAAUAAGAAAUUUAUGUGGAUUAGAUCCGGAAAUAAUAGUUUAUGAAAAUCCUGAUAAUGUGAAUUAAAAAUAAUUACAAUAAACUUUGACUUUAUUAUAAAAAAAUGGAAGUAUUGUUGGAUUUAUGUAAAUGACUAGCAUAGGUUUCAAUAAAAACUAGAAAGCUUAAUCUUCAUUUCUACCAACAUUAAAUUAAAUGUAUAUUUUUGAAUCUAUUUCAGAGAAUAAAGUUAAAAUAUUAAAUCACUUUUAAGUAAGCUCUCAUGAGAUAACAAUUAAAGAUCUUACUCAAAAUUUCAAUUGCAUAGUAAUAAUUAAAGAUUUUCCAGACGAUUUUAGAGGAUUAUUUAUUAAUGUUACAACAACAACUCAUGGUGUACCUGGUAAUAAUUAAUAAUGGGUAAAUAAUCCAAGUUAUUAAAUUGUUGUAAAUACAUAAAAUGAAACAUAAUUUAUAUUUAGAUUAUCUGAAUUAGAAAAUUAAGAUGGUAUCACAGGAUUAUUACUAGUCAAUUAGAGAGAUGUAAGAACAUUUAAUUAAAAUAAUGUUGUUUUUAUGACUAAAUAAAAUAUUGUAUAAAUUGGAUAGAAAAAAUAGAAUUAUUCAUGUUUUAGUGCUAAAAUAAAAGGCUUUCAUACUUUAUUUAUUUUCAGCACUAGCAAAGAUCCAAAAUUAGUUUUACUAGAAAUUUUUUAUGCUGGAAGACCUUCUCAAAUUGAAUUCAAAUUUAAAAGCAAACCUAUCAUUGAAUAUUGUGUUGGAGAACCUCAAGAUUCAGAAGGACUUAGAAUAUUGAGAGAUAUUUUGAAAGAUAAGGAUCUAAUAAUAGGAAAUUUUAAGAAUUAAAUUCUAAAUAAUCCAAAUUAAGCGGUCUCUUGCAAACCUUAUAAUGAUAUCGUAGAACUUGAUUAAGAAUUAGCAUGUAUACAGGAGUAUAAUUUUAUUUUUAAAAAGGAAUCAAUUAUAGGAAGAAUUGUUAGCAAUAAAUCUUGAAGGAAAAGAUCCUUAAGAGACAGAAAUCUAUGAUUUUAAUGAUUAUUAAUUAACAGAUGAAGGAUUCUAAAUAAUACUUCCAGAUUUAAUAGCAGAGCCUGUAAUAAAAGAGUUACGAUUAAGGAAUAAUUUAUUGCAUGAUGAAUCUAUUCUGUAAUUAUGCUACGAAUUAGAUAAAUCAUACCAUUAAGAAUUGGAACUGUUAGAUGUUUCACAAAAUUAAUUAACUAAAAAAUCUAAUGAAGUCUUGAAUAAUCUAAAAAAAAGAUUAAAGAAUUUAUAAAAAAUAAUAUAAUGA